CGCAGCUUGACACAUACCCCCUACCCCGCAUCGCGGAUAUGGUCAACCAGAUUGCUCAGUAUAAGGUGUACUCGACAAUAGAUCUGAAAUCCGCUUAUCACCAGCUCCCCAUCUGCCCAGAGGACCGCCCCUACACCGCCUUCGAGGCGGGCGGCCGGCUCUAUCACUUCCUGCGCGUCCCUUUCGGUGUCACGAAUGGUGUCUCUGUCUUCCAGAGGGAAAUGGACCGGAUGGUGGACCAGUACCAACUGCAGGCCACAUUUCCCUAUCUGGAUAACAUCACCAUCUGUGGUCAUGACAGGCCAGAUCACGACGCCAACCUCCAACGGUUUCUCCAAGUGGCCGCAGCUCUGAACCUUACUUAUAACAGGGACAAGUGUGUUUUUGGUACCACCCGCCUUGCUAUACUUGGGAAGUCUGUCACUGGGACCACCCUACCAGUUUGGCUGACGUCCCCGGGGCCAGUGCUGCUCCGGAAACAUGUGAGGAGCAAUAAAUACUCCCCGCUGGUGGAGAGGGUUCACCUUCUCCAUGCGAACCCCCAGUAUGCUUACGUGGUCUUACCUGAUGGGCGGGAGGACACGGUCUCCAUCCGCGACCUGGCACCCGCAGGUGCAGCAGACCACUACCCUGAAGGCUCUCCGGUAACUGUGAACCCUGCACCAGAGGUGACACCGUACUCACCAGGCCCUACACAGACUCCUCACGACACUUGUAUACCGGGCGUUUCGUACGCAUUUAUACCAGGCGCCUCGCACAUGCAUGAGGGAUCACCGGCGCCUAGUGGGCAAGAACACGCGCAACCCCCGUCCCCUGUGCAAUCGCCAAUGUUGCCGGCACCUAUGCGGUCACAGCCGGUGCUACGUAGAUCGCAGCGACAGAUUCGACCGCCUGAUCGGCUUGACUUGUAAGAACCUUCGCUACAUGAGGACUUUUUCAAAUGAAGGGGGGGUGAAUGUGGUGAACUAUGUGCCUGUCGGGACACGCCCCUGCUGACUGCUCCUGCGGCUCCUCCCACAGGCCCCUGUAUAAAGGAGACCUGCGGC